UAUGCAAGGUCUCUUCUUUUACUCCCAUUUUUCCAUCUCAUUCCCAUCUCCAUUGGUAUUCAUCAUAUAAAUAAUCAGUACCCUUUUCUUAUAACCAGCUUUCCUUUCUUUCUCCAUCUCUUUUUCUUCAUUUUCUGUCCUUGUAAAGCAAAACCCUUUUCUCUUCUCACAACUGAAUAAUGGUGAAGCCGCUUUGCUGCUCUGGGUGGUUGGUGUUUAGCAGCUGCCUACUGCUAGCAGCUCUUGUUUCCUCCAAGCACCAUGGAAACCCUGCAAAUGAUCUUGUUGAGAUAAUCAACAACAAUCGAACUUCUCACAAACUUUCCAAACUAAAUGACAGUCCUGGACUUGGGUGUAUGGCUCUGCAAUUUGCUAAAUCAUGCAAGGGAAACUGCAGUAGAAAUGGCACUAUCAACUGUACACCAUCUGAAGACGAUUUCACCGAAGUGUUUGCCCCAAAUUGCGGCGUUGAGCUACCCACUUUCGUCACCAUAACUGGACACAUUGUGGGAUGUCACUCCAAGUAUCUAGAAUCAUCACUAGCUUUUAUAAAUGUUCUUGUUGGAAACAACAAGGCUUUGUCAGUUCUUUGGAAUAAGUCUCACAAUGAGGUGGGAGUUGGGAUGAUUGGGGUUCACAAAGGGCCAUUCUUUUGGACUGUGCUCUUCAGUAGUGGGAAGACAAACUCUACAUUUGUUCUAGAAAAUCGGGGUAUGGGGAUUCAGCAGAAGAAAGGUUGCUAUAGUGGAAGCAGCAUCCCUUGCAGUGCAGGACAAAAGAUUAAAGCUGAUUCUGUGAUUUUCAACAAUGUUGUCAUCAUAGGUUUUCUUUGUGUUCAUCUAUUGCAAAAGUUGUAUUUCGACUUAUUAUGAUAAUUUGGAAGUGUUUCACUAGACAGU